AUGUACGAAGAUAUUAUUUUAGUACUGCGCGAUAGUUGGGGAGAGGGAAAGUUUAAAUUUUGGGCUCAAAAGAACUUCGUGUUGGUCAAAAUUGGAGAUGCGAAUGUCAUCUACAACAAGGGCAAAGGUAGUCGGCCUGUAGUUACAUAUGAAGAACUUUAUGUUAAACUGAAUGAAUGUCACAAGCGUGUCGGCCAUCACGGGAGGGACAAAACAUGGAGUGAAAUUAAAUCUCAAUAUUCUUGGAUUCCCUAUGAUGUCGUAAUCAUGUUUAUCAAAUUAUGCGAUGCGUGUAGUAAUCGACAGAUCUUCACAAAGUUUCCUGCUAGUAAACCUAUUGUAUCAAUAGGAUACUUAACCCGUGUCCAGAUCCAUCUAAUAGAUAUGAGAUGUCGACCAGAUGGCGAAUACAAAUGGAUCUUACAUGCUAAAGAUCAUUUUAGUAAAUUUUCACGGACGUAUCCUUUACGAACGAAGGAAGCGGAACCGGUUGCUGAAAAAUUACUAGAGCAGUUCUAUUCUUUUGGCCCACCGCGUAUUCUUCAAUCGGACAAUGGCAAAGAGUUCGUAGCGAAAGGGAUAAAAGACUUGAAAAAUACUUGGGUAGAUUUAGUCAUAAUCAACGCGAGAGCUCGCCAUCCAGAGACCCAAGGACUUAUUGAGCGCGGUAACCAAACGCUCGAGGUGGCUUUGGGAAAGUGGUUGAAGGGUUUAGGUCCUGUAACGCACGGGAUUAACACCAGCACUACUCAUACCACGAAAAAAACUCCAUACGAAGUUGUUUUUGGACAGCUUCCACGAUCCGAUUUCGAAAUGUGGAAAAAGUUGUCUGUUCAAUCUACGAAUAGUCCAAUUACAACUGGAGUGACACAUAAUCCUAGCAGGGACUGUCUGACAAACAACUCUCAUUCAAAUGAUGAAACGCCUCAACUUCAACCACCAGAAACAGAUUCGUGUUCGGUCAGUACUGCUGCUAGUUCUGCUCUUAAUGCUAUAGUCGCGACAGUGUGUUGUGAAUCAAUUCAUUCGCAUUCUGAUUCCGACAGCUAUGGAACUGUUGAAGAUGUUUGCUGUGUGAUUAACGAAAAUGGUACUCAAGUUCCGGAUACUAAUAUAGAUGAAAACAAACAUAAACGAAUUCGAGCUGCAGCAGAAGCUGAUUAUAUGAAAGCGAUUGCCAAGCGACAAAAGAUCUAUGAUAAAGCCAUGAAACAAAAAUAG